AUGCUAAACUUUAUCGUAUUUGUAGCCAACAGUAAGAAAUUGCAAUGCGAAGCAAACACUGGCUUCCAUCAGCCAGUUGAAGGAGCUAAAUUACUUCAUUUAUCAGUUUUAUUUAAUAUUGGCGAGUCAACUCCAGAUGUGAGAUAUAUUAGCCGUAGUAAUGAAGAAAAUUGGACAUGUGAUGAUGAAAACUCGUUAAUCAUGAACUAUAACCCUGCUCCUGAAGCUUUUCAUAGAAAUUACAAAAUUCAGCAAGAUCCAAGAGUUUUAUCAUUUACACCAUCAUGUUCAGCUAAUGACUUAACAAAUAAAGGAAUGAAUCAGAUGUAUGAGCUAGGAAGAAGAAUCAAACAACAUUAUUCCAAUAAUGUCCCCGGUUUCAUGCCAGAGAACGCAAAUCCUAAUUUCUUAUAUAUUAAAUCAUCAAAUAAAAAGGUUAGCUUAAAGUCUGCUAUGGCAUUUGCACAAGGUUUAUAUGAAUCCACUGAUUAUAAUGAAGUUUUGAAGAUUUAUUCUGAUUCUGCAAAGAACAAAUUAAUAGAACCCGAUUCAGAAUCAUGUGCAGACGUCAAGAAUCAAAAAGAGGCAUUCAUAGCAAGUAGUUCGUAUUCUGAAUUAUUUGAUUCAUAUAAUUCUAAAUAUAAGAAUUCACUGCAUGAAAAUGGAAUUGAAUUAACAAAGGAGAAUGCAUACAGUGUUGCUUCUUCAUUCCUUAAAUACCAGUGUGCAAAACAAAAUCUUCCACAUUUGCCUGAUGGAUUCAUUGUUGAUAGUCAAGACUUUGUUGUUAAGUACUUAUAUAAGCAAAAUUUGUUCAAUAAUAAUCCAUCUGUGUUAUCUUCCUCGAUUCUCAGAGAAGUAUUUAGAAUUAUUAACCACAAGCUCGCAACUGAGACUUACCACAGAAUCAUUGCAGUUCCACUUUCACCAGAAAACUUUGUUUCUAUUCUUUCGAUCCUUGAUUUCUCUGAUGAAACCGGACCUUUACCAAAAUCUCAUAUUAUUCUUGAGAUUUGGGAAGUUGGAAAAGACAUACAAGCAAGAUUAUUAUAUAAUGGGCAAGUUCUCCCUGUUGACUCAAUAAUUCCUAAUCAACAAGAUUUGUUGACUGGUUUAUUCCCAUAUAAUAAUUUCCAGUCUAUUUUGAAGCAAAAGGGCUACUUGAGCAAAUGUGUAAUUCCAGGAAGAACAAUAUGGUAA